AAUCAAGAUGACAGACUAUUUAGAAAUAAGUAAGGGGGGUAUCCUGCACGUCUCAAAGACCUAGAAGGACGAAGAGUUACCGAGGAUGACAACCGAAAACAACAGACCAAAUAUGAGUGCAGAUGACAAUGAACGACAUGCCAAAAAGAAAGCAGACGUUGAAUCGAGUAAAAAUGAAACAAAUGAACUAAAUGAUGAUUCGAAUGAAAAUACAAAAUCAGUCGAUCAGACUCCUGUGAAUGCCAGGGCAAAUGAUAAUGAGAGUAAUCGUAAUGAAAAUCAAGUGAAUACCCAAGCUGAUGAAAUUCUUGAAGAUGAAGAUGAAAAACAAUUGAGUUCUGAUACCGAACACGAUGAUACGCACAAUGUCCAAAAGAAUAGUAAAAAUAAUAGUAAUAACUACGAUAACAACGAUGAGCUUAGCACUAAGAACGACGAGACCAAAUCAAAAAGUAAUUCAAAGAGUGAGAGCAACUCAAAAGAGUAUAAAACAGCUGAAAACAAAUCAAACAACGAAAAUGAUCACGGGGAUACAAAACAAUCAAGUAAAAAUAACAGACGAAAGAAAUCUUCGAAAUCAGGGAGACCAAUUCAAGAUCAGAAAAGACCAGGUGAAUUAUCUGGAAGUCCCUACGCAAGCAUGCAAUCUCUAGCUUCUGGUGAUGCAAGACCAAAGUCGUCCAGUUCAAAAAGGCAACGCAAAAAGCAAUCGAUGUCAAGUCAAUCCGGUCAGAAUAAUGACAGUGCAAGGACACGUGAAGAUGACCAUGAAAAUCAAUCUGAUAUGAAUGUCAAACCAACUAGGAUUAGACCUAAAACUAAAGGGCGAAAACCAAGAGAUAAAAGCCACAAGGAAAAUAGAAUUGUGGAUGAAGAAAGCAUUGAUGACAAUCAAAGUAACAAUAGCGGAGGAAGCAGAAAUGAUAAUGACGAGCCUCGUUCUAAAUCUAGCAGACGACAUGGACAAGGACGUCGUGAACGUGCCAAGUCUGCCCCCGCAGGCGGAGUUAGAACCAAACAACCAACGACUCGCAUCCUUCAACUCUCCAAACAUAAAGAUUCAAAGUCAGUAUGGCUUACCAGAUUCGGAGAGAGCAUAAUGUGGGGUACCCAAGAUAUGCUGUGGGAUAUCUCAGACGCAGCUAUGGCAGCUGAUCCCACAGGAAGAGUGAUGGAUCUCAGUAUACCAAAGAAAAAUUUUCAAACUGGAAAUAAAGUAAACAGACCGGAGUUUGUCUACAGUUGUGGCAGAUCCUCUGAAAUCUGGGAUGUCAGCCCAUUGGCCAAGAAGGCAGAAUGCAGUGAUAGGGUGGGGUUCUUGGCCAACCCUAAACAGGCACCAGCUGCCUAUAAAGAAAAGGAGGGCAGGCCGUCUUACCUAUACAGUAGUGGUAGAGUCAGCCCUUUAUGGAAGGUCCACCCUGCAGCAAAAAGUUGUGGAGAAAGGGAAAGAACAAUGGGUCUUGCACGACCAAAAAUGCCCCACCAGAGUUUCACCGGUGCUAAGCCAAUUGCUACGAUCAUCCCAAGACCUGCCCUCAGUGCCAGGUGUACCGACAGGUUGGAGACCCUGGCCGAGUCUAAAAAUAGAUCCGAGGGGCCCUUCAGGGAACCAAUGUGGCCAGUAUCAGAUAGAGCAAAGACAGCACAACCCUCAAACAGAUCCCUUGAACUGGCCAAACCUAAAUCAUUGGCGGAGGGAUAUAUCCCAGAAAGAGGAGUGGAGUGGCCUGUUACCAGGGGAGCUAAGAAAGCUAUCGCUAGUGCCCGAACCACUGCAUUAUCAGAGCCUAUAGUACGGGCAUCCAUGGACCAUGUGCAAUUUGACCCUGAUGCUUUCUUAGUUUCCCCCUUAGCUUUGAAGGCUCGAUGUGCUCCUAGGAUAGAGGAACUCUCCCAACCUAUACAAAGAUAAGACAGUAGCUGCAGUUAUCUUAAUGUUCACCUUGCCCAGCAUUUUUAUGUAUGAAAUUGUGAAAUGCACUUUGAAAUGGAUUUCAAAUAUGUUCAAUUUUCAAAAGACAAUCAAUUUCCCGAAUCUCAAUCAACAAGGUAUCACAAGAGUUUUUUUCCUAAAACACAUAACUGAAUUAACUAUGACCUUGUGAUGGAUUCAUCAUUUUUGAAAAACUAAUUAAUUUUCAAAUUCUCUUAUAAUACAAAAGGUCCUCAACCAGAGUGACAUUCAGACAUUUCUGAGUUCCUGAGAUUAUAAGAAAGUUAUCACUGUACAAAAACAAAUAUUAAUAUAUAAUGUGGUUUCAAAAAGCAUUUGUGUGAUAAUGUGCUAUAAGCACAAAUUACUUUUAUGCAAAAUAUGCACAUUGUACAAUAAGUAUUAUUUACAUAUUCAUUAUCACACUUAUUUACAAAUCAGUAUUAUAACACCUUCUUCCUAUCAGUAUUAUUUGUUUGUUGUUUAGAUGGUUAAACGUACAGGGCCAGUACCUGAUAUAUUCAUUAAUACUUGGUCAUUCCUUGAUAUGUCUUGAACUCUGUGGAGCGGGAUGUGCGCUUAUUAUGGUAUAUGAAAUUCUGUUUCAUAUAAAAUUAACUAAAAAUAUUAUGAUAAUAUGUAAUUUGGUUCACUUUGAUAUAAAUAGUUACUUUUUUCCUAUAUUAUCAAACCUUAGAGAAUCACUCAUUUAGAAAGUUGGUUAUUUGCAUUUUAGAAUAGAAAAGAUAUAUAAUAGUAGUUUAUCUGGAUUGGAACUUCUGAACUUGCUGCUUACUAAAUGAAUAAUUGUUUUCAAGCGUUCAUACUUUUAGAAUUUUGGAGCAAAGCCUAUAUAUAGAUGUAAGUUACAAAUAUGAUGAACUAAAAAUACUUGAAGUUGAUUUAGGAUCAGAACAUUUAGGAUUUUGAACGUUACUGUCCUUUCCAAUUGACUCAUAUGGCAAGUAUAAUUUAAACAUUGUAUAAGAUUAGAUAUUACAAGGUUACUGGUAAAACAAGUUGGGUCUUGAAAAUCAGAACCAUGUUUUACUUGGAUUUUAUUGUAUAAUAAUGAUUUUAAUUUUUGGUAGAGAGGAAAGUGACUGUGCAAAACAGUCCAUAAAUAACGGUUAGUUAUACAGGGUAUCCUGCACUUGACAAUUGUUGUAGUAAAGAAACUUUAUGGUCACCCUGUAUUACUGGUUUACUGACAACAAGAACACCAAGAAGUACUGCUGAUGAUUGUAUCUAUUUGCAUUGUAAUAAAAAACAUAUUACAUUUAUUUUACAUAUUUAAAGAA